CAUUUUAUAAAACCGGUGCGGGCGCAACACUGAUUUAGUCGUUUAGUCGAUUUCUACAUGUGAAUACAUCACACCCCGCGUUUCAAUAUUAAUUUUUUUUUACAAAUAAUCAUGUCGGCGAACAACAUUAUAACUACACACGUCAUCAUCAAUCGUGAUACGCACGCUAUGCUUAACGACUUUCUACAAAAACUGAAAUCGUUACAUAAUCAACAAUGUUAUAAUAUAUUAAAUAAUUUAAUAUAUUAUCAGAAAUUGAUUUCCGUGGACGUUACCUACGCUACUGUAUCCGGAGAAGUUUACAAAUCCGCACAUCAGCAUUAUAAUAUCCUAUUCAACGCCGAACUAGUAGACGACGUCGCGCGCGCCAUUUACGUCAAAGAUAUUUGCGAUUAUGAAGAAUUCUGUACAAUAACAUGGAAAAUGAAGUCUUUGAAAUCAGCAUUCGUCAAGUGUAUCGCCAAUUCAUUUCCCGUCACGGCGUCGGCGUUUCAUCAGAUAUAUACUGAAGAUGUCACCGGGCAUUCGAACGCUGUACCAAAUCGGGAUGGCGUCGAUAUAAAUGAUGAUUUCACACAUUAUUUUGAUAACGAUGACGUUUCUAAUUGUAUGAACGGCGUGUUAUUCGAAAUAUUUUCAAAAUCGUUUUCCAUUUAUGUCGAAUCACCAUCCGUUAACCUUGGAACGCUGUGCAUGGAGAUUGCGGUUGGUCUAAAAACUAAAUUAUUACGCGACGUUGUACCGAACAAUUAUAAACAUGAAAUAAUCGAUAUAUUGGAAAAGGUAGCCAACGAAAACUGUAUUCGCGAUUUCGUUUUCAAUUUAGAUAUAUGA